AUGCGUACCUCGAGGAUAUCGAAAGAAACCGCAAAGAUAAUUAAUGCGACAUCUACUUCACCACGACGUUCCACUCGCUCUUUGUCUCGGUUUGCUUUGAACUCUUCGGUCAAGGAUGAAGAUCAAUCGCCAACUCCAGAUAUUGAAGAUGUUGUUCCUUCGACUUCAACUCUAAAAAGAAAGCGGAAUUCAAUACCAAGAGCUUCGGUAAAGAAACAAUCUCUUGACGAAACAACUAUAAAGACUGAAAUCGAAGAUACCGUCACAUUCUCCGCGCCCUCAAAACCAACUCGAGUGCGCAAACCUGCGCGCAAAGUAAAGAAUGAAGAUACCGGAGAGAUGGAAGUUAAGCCUCCAAAUGACUGGAGAGAGGUCUACGAUGUAGUGAUGCAAAUGCGCAAAUUAGGUGUAGCGCAAAAUGCAGCUGUGGAUACAAUGGGUUGUGACAAAUUGGGACAAGAUACUGUUGAUCCGAAAACGAAGAGAUAUCAUACCUUGACUGCCUUGAUGUUGUCUUCGCAGACGAAGGAUACCACGAAUGCUGUUGCUAUGAACCGACUUUAUACAGAAUUGCCUGCGUACAAGGAGGGUGCACCAAUUGGGCUGACUUUGGAUAAUAUUUUGGCCGUGGAUCCGAAGCUCUUGAAUGAGUUAAUUUGGGUAGUGGGAUUUCACAACAACAAGACGAAAUACAUAAAGGCUGCAGCGGAAAUUUUGAAGGAUCAGUGGAAUGGUGAUAUACCGGAUACGAUUGAGGGUUUAAUGUCAUUACCUGGAGUUGGUCCGAAGAUGGCAUAUUUAUGUAUGAGUAGUGCUUGGGGUAGAACCGAGGGAAUUGGUGUGGAUGUACAUGUUCAUCGUAUUACAAAUAUGUGGGGGUGGCACACGACGAAAGGACCGGAAGAGACGAGACUUGCAUUACAGGCUUGGUUGCCGAAAGAACUAUGGCAUGAGAUCAAUUGGUUGCUAGUUGGAUUUGGACAAACUAUCUGUCUACCGGUUGGAAAAAAGUGCGGAAGUUGUGAGUUGGGAAUGAAUGGAUUGUGCAAAGCUGCCGACAGAAGUAAGGUUACAAUUGGAAGAAAGACUAAAGAGGAGAAGAUCAAGACAGAUCCCGAGGGUAGUGUCGUGGAGCACACAGGGUCAGUUAAAACCGAGGAGGAUAGUAAGGACAUACCGCUGAAUGCCGAAGAGAAAGCUGGGAUUGAGUCUGAGCCUAGCAUCGUCAAGCAAGAGAAAGAGGAUGCCGUUCUAGAAGAUAUCGCAAAUGCACCUGGAAAAUUAGAGAAAACGCAGAAACGGAAGAAGAGAUGA